AUGGUCAACCUCAAACUAUCUUGUCUUGUUGGUUGGGAGUCGACCUCAAGGGCGUUCCUAAUCUCUGCCUCUUCCACACUCACCAUUACUGACCUCAAAGAGCUCAUCAAGGCAGAGAAGGUCCCCGAAUUCGACGAAAUUGCCGCUGAGAACCUCAUUCUAUGGCGCAUCUUAGUACCAGUCAUUGCUACCAGGGGACACGACUCAGUCAAACUCGACGCUCUGGAUGAUAAGGAAGAGCUCCCUCCUUCCGAUGACCUCCUAGAUUUUUUCCCAGACACACCAGCCAAGAAGGCAAUUCACAUCAUUGUUGAACUGCCUCCACUCGGUUCUUCAGUAUCCGCAGCGCUGUCCUUGCCACUCAAAAGAGGUCGCGAACAAGAGCUCGAGGAUCCACAAAAGCUUCCAAAGACUGAUGACUGGGUGAAGUAUAACGCCAAAGACAGAGCCGUGGAUUUACCGCCCUUGCUGGUCAGCAUGCUCAAUGCUGGAGAGUUCACACCUGAACCGCGCGACGAGUUCAAGCAGCAGUUGGACGAUAUGCAAGUCGGCCAGCAAAUUAUACUACCAUCGAUCGGUCAACGUCCCAAGCAUUAUGGACAGGGCUACCAGAAACUGUCGUUUUUUAUCACCGAGCAGAUGGUGGAGAUGUGGCGCCUGCUUUCCAGCAACAACGAUCGGCCGAUCAGAAGGAUCCUGUCGGGCCCAGUGGGUGUAGGAAAAUCAUACCUUGCGCUCUUUCUUGCUACUAAAGCAUAUGCAGAGGCAUGGCCAUUACUUUACUUUUCAGAUGCGAAAAAACUGGCCUUAUCCGACGGUUAUGAUGUAGCACAAGAGAUCUACGAACGGUUCCUAGCCCUGAACAAGGACAUUUUGACUGUCACUGACUCCCAAGAAUCGACACACGGGCACCCAACUGGAAGUACAGUAGUCAUUCAUGCAGCCACUAGCAUCCUAGGCAGGCUACUCCAACAACGGGAAACUAAAACUCUCUUGGUCGUCGACGGACAUGGCGCACUCUUCGAACAGGACCCACCAGUGCCCAAAAAAUACAUGAUUUUCAACCCGCUGAUGCAACUUGCCGCAUGGAGAGAAAACAGCAGAGGGGCGCGAGUGGUCAUGGCGGGCACGGCCGAAAAAUUUGAGAGACAUUGCAUCAAAAAUGACAUGUGGAAUUGGCUGGAAUAUGUCACUCCUCUGUCUGAUACUAUCUUCGACAAGUUGUUGGAUAUGGACGCCAUACUAUCAAGAGCCGCGAUCAGGGAGCAAGUGAAGAAGACCACAAACCGCGCUCCACGUGAACUAGUCAGCAUGGCAGCGUUUAUCUGUCAAAACCUACAAUCGAUCCAAACACCUACGCCGAUCAAGUUGUCUUGUCCCGAAUGAGGCAGUUCGCAGAACAGCGGCACCGUGCAUUUUAUCUGGAUGCAUAUUUCCAUUUUAGAAGUCUAGGUGACAUUCAACGACAUUCUCAUCGGCAUGCUCUUGCGGCUAUACUUCUUCCUCGAAAAGAAGGCGAAUUCGAUUUCGAGUAUAGGGGAUUCGACUAUCAAUUCAUGGACCUCGGGCUGGUCACAGGGUCAGAGUCGGG